AGUCGAUCUCUCUCGCCCUGGAAGUGAAACGCUGUAGUUUGGCAGUCGAGGUUUCGGCAGGUUGGGGGAUUGUGGUGAAGAUGCCGGGUGCCGCGGUGAAGGGCUCGGAGUUGUCCGGGAGGAUAGAGGGCUUCGUGGAGACUCUGAAGCGAGGCGGUGGGCAGCGCAGCUCGGAGGACAUGGCUCGGGAGACCCUGGGGCUGCUGCGCCGGCUCAUCACGGACCACCGCUGGAGCAACGCGGGGGAACUGAUGCAGUUGAUCCGCAGAGAAGGCAAGAGGAUGACGGCCGCGCAGCCCUCCGAGACCACCGUGGGUAACAUGGUGAGGAGAGUUCUCAAGAUCAUCCGGGAGGAGUAUGGCAGGCUGCACGGGCGCACUGACGAGAGCGAUCAGCAGGAGUCCCUGCACAAACUUUUGACAUCCGGUGGCCUGAGCGAAGAUUUCAGCUUCCAUUAUGCCCCACUAAAGUCCAACAUCAUUGAGGCCAUUAAUGAGCUGCUAGUGGAGCUGGAAGGCACAACGGAGAACAUUGCGGCCCAGGCUCUGGAGCACAUCCACUCCAAUGAGGUGAUCAUGACCAUCGGCUAUUCCAGAACAGUGGAGGCCUUCCUUAAAGAGGCAGCCCGGAAGAGGAAGUUCCAUGUCAUCGUUGCAGAGUGUUCUCCUUUCUGUCAGGGUCAUGAAAUGGCCAUCAAUUUGUCCAAAGAAAACAUUGAGACAACUGUCAUGACCGAUGCUGCCAUUUUUGCAGUUAUGUCAAGAGUCAACAAGGUGAUCAUUGGUACAAAGACUAUCCUGGCAAACGGUUCCCUCAGGGCUGUGGCGGGAACUCACACUCUGGCACUGGCAGCAAAACACCACUCCACCCCACUCAUCGUGUGCGCGCCCAUGUUCAAGCUCUCUCCACAGUUCCCCAGGGAAGAAGAUUCAUUUCACAAGUUUGUGGCUCCUGAAGAAGUCCUUCCUUUCACAGAAGGGGACAUUCUGGAGAAGGUCAGCGUUCACUGUCCUGUGUUUGACUACGUGCCCCCUGAGCUCAUUACUCUCUUUAUCUCCAACAUUGGAGGAAACGCACCCUCCUACAUCUACCGGCUGAUGAGCGAGCUCUACCACCCUGAUGACCAUAUCCUCUGACACCGCCUGUCCUAAGCGGAACCAGCUUAGACCCAGAGAGGAGCUGGAGACACAGCAGUGCUGCUGCAGUGAGGAGUGGAGUCAGCCUGAAAACCUCAGUGUUCCCUGCCUUCCUACUCAUCCCCAGUGACGCAUGUGUCCAAGACUGUUCUUACCUGAACAGCGGGGCUUACCUGUUGACUCUGGGGCCACUUUGUGACCACGCUGUUUGUUUCAGGAACUCCAACCUUCUGGGUCUGUGGUGUGUUACACAUACCAUGACUUUGCUGGGUUGCUGUUUGCUCAGAAAUGCCUUCCGGACCUUUUCCUAGGCUGUGCCAAUAAAAGCUACUGGAAACUCC